UCAAAAGCGAAGACUAAAAAUGAUAUAUAUAUUUCUUUUUAUUUUUAUAUUUGCAGAAAUGUCAAUCAGACGCAUGCGCAUUAUGUUCAAAAUACAUACCAAAGAGGAAGAAAAUUUAUUCCCUCACCGUGGUUAUGGGGAAGGACUCCUCUCUUUCCGUGGCAAAAGGCCGAGAAUUAAUUCCAUUAUAUUCUAAGAUUUAUUUUUGGCACCAUAUAAUUAUGCUAUUUAGGUAUAUAAGCCCUCGGUACAUGAUCCACUGGUUACGGAAAUUGUUGUCGGCAGGCAGAUUGGAAAUGAAAAUACUAAAACACUUGCAUGGAUUCACUGAAAAAAUUAUAGCGGAAAGAAAACUUUAUCAUAAACAAAUGAACGGUAGAUACUUGAAAAUUAUCGAAAAUAACGACGUGACAGAAACAGGCGGCGAAGAAAUAUAUGGAAGUACAUAAUUCAAACUUAAAUAUCCUUUUCGUCAUCAUAAUGUAAAAUAAUAAUCGGGCUUUUCAUUAAAGAAUCGAAAGAGAAACAAAUUUCGCAUCGAAACUAAAAGCACAUAAAAAAUGUACAUAAUAAAUCUAUUAGGAAAUAAACGUUAUA